UACUGGUACCCAGUAGACUAACUGACCCAAAAGGGAAAAAAGGGUACAUUUCUAGCUUGCCAGUAUGGUUUUCUUCUUUCUUUCAUUGUUCACCAAAUUCACAUAUUAUUCUAGACUGUUUGGGGAUGAGAACACUAGAAAUCUUAGUUAGCUAGUAUCUAGUACCUAUCGGUACUCAGAUGUACCUACAAGAACUGCACCCUCCUCUUGUCCUCCAGGGGUAUCGCUUGAACAGCGGCUAAGUAGAGUACCCACCAAAUAUUUUUAUCUGAAAAAAUACCCCGCCACUCAAGCUUCCACAGAUCACAACACCAACAAUCGCUCUCAUCAACACCAAUACCAUGGGUAAAUCAAAGCCUAGAAAUCGGCAGAGAAAUCGCCAGGAUCCUACCUCAAAGCCGACCAAGCCUCCGUCCGACCCAGAACUCGCAUCCAUCCGUGAACAGCGCAUUCUGCCGGUCCUCAAGGACCUGACCAGCGCUGAUCUCGCGACCCGAUCGUCUGCAGCAAUUGCGAUUGCCAAUUUGAUUGAAGACGCCAAAUGCCGAAAGUUGCUACUUCGGGAAAAGAUUGUGCAAGUACUCUUCGAACAAACUCUUACUGAUUCUAGCUUGGAAACGAGAACUUCCGGAUGGGGAAUCUUGAGAAAUCUUGCCUUGGAAGAGGAGGCGGAUUUCUGCAUACAUUUGUAUAGACAGGAUAUCUUGACUGCGAUUGAGGGUACCAUUAAAACUGUACGUUAAAUCUUGUCCAUUGUUCUGAAAAUACUAAUCAUACAGGUAAUCCAAACAAUUGAAUCGACUGAAGUCCCCUUCUCGAACCUCCCGAAACCCCACCAAGAACUUGCUUGGAAUCUAACCAGCUCCCUAAUAAGUCUGCUUUCAUCCUUGUCCGAAGCCCAAGAUGAGAUUGUUGAGGCUAUUUCGAAACUUCCUACCAUCCUCAAUUUCCUCUUCGGCUUGCUAGCAUUCGAACUUACUCCACCGGAAGUUUCCAAUGAAGUUUUGUCGUGUCUUACAACACUAACAGAGGACAAUAAGCCGACAGUUCAACAAAUUGUGGAUAAUGGAGAUUGGGUUAAAGGGCUCAUGCAACUAAAGGACUCAAAAACUCCACUUGCAGUGACGGCAUGUGGAACGUUGCAUAAUAUCUUUUCCACUAAGGGAUGGUCUGAUCACGAUAGACCUAUUGAUGGGGCAUCAGAUGCAGCUUUAAUUCCUACACUUGUUCACUAUAUGGAGACCUCUGUCGCCAAUAUUAAAGCUACCAACGGACACUCCACCAAUUCGACCCCUGACCAAAUCCUUCAAUUGGCACUGGAAAUUACCGCAUCCAUUGCAACUAGCCUCCAGGAAGCUUUAGAACAUGGACAUGAGAAGGAGUUCAAAGGUUUCGACGAUCCAAUAGACACCGAAGAUAUGAAUGACGAUAAUGAAGAGGAUGAGGCUGGUGAGGAGGGCGAUGACGAUGAAAUGAACGAUGAUGAAAUUGCAGCAGAUAUGGACUUGGUAACAAGAGACCGCCCAGACGAGGACAGCGAUGAGCCAACACUUGAACUUCUCAUGCGAACCGCGACCCCAAAAAUACUCGCUAUGGCAGCAGGUAUAACCCACAACGACGUAAUCCGAGAUUGUGCCAUUUCCACCCUUAACAAUAUUGCCUGGACAGUUUCGAGCAUUGAUUUUUCUAACAGUCAACUUGACAUUAUACAAAAGGUGAGGGAUUUUGAAGAGUUCUCCACUCUGGGUCUUAUUCUAAGUUGAAACAAUUACAAGAAAUGGCAAUGCUAACUCAAACAUCUCACAGUUUUGGGCUACAAUGGCUCAAAGUAUAUGGAGCUCAACAAUCUCCCCAGUUCUAGCAUCUGAUACUGCCGACAUUGAUCUUGCUUCCAUAAUCACCAGUCUUGCUUGGGCAAUAUCUCGAAGUGUUCGUGGUGUGAUCGAGCUCAAACCGGACGAGCCGAAGAAGUUUAUGGCAUUGUAUCAGGCUUCAAAGAAUAUUGAUACAACUGCAGAGUCUCAGGCCAAUGGAAAUACAAAGGCUGAAGAAAGUCCUGAUCUAUUCCAAGGUCUCGGAGUCAAAGUAAGUGAUGGGAAUUGUCUUCCAUCCUACGAGAGCUGUCAAUCUUAUUUUGCGCCCUCUUGCACCACAUUUUCUCCAACUGGCAAUAACUGACUUUUCUACUCUAGUGUAUCGGGGUAUUGGGAAGUCUCGCCGUCGACCCAGCACCCAUUGAACUCAAUCGUGAGAUCGGAAUAUUCCUCAUCACUACUCUAGCAGCUCUACCUGAUACCCCUGCCGCUAAUGCAGUAGAGGCCCUAAACCAAGUUUUCGACAUCUAUUCCGACAAAAGCUGCGCAUUUGACGAACCCGUAUUUUGGGGUAAUGGUUUUUACAAGCAUCUAGAGGAUAUCUUACCAAAAGCUAGGAAGAUGGCCAAGUCAAUUGACAAGAGGAAGUUUGAGGAGCUUCGUGCGAGGGCUGAUGAGGCGGUUCUUAACUUUGGACGGUUCUUGAAGUACAAAAAGACUGAGCAUGAGAAAAUGGAGACGUAAUAAAAUCUGUCGUGUUGUUGCUUUGGUGGGAAGGAUCUUCGCAAAAGUUGAUGCUCUGUUUUGAGAGGUUGAGAUUCCCCAGUUUGUUACCUGGAGACGUAGUAUAGUUCAAAUGAAAUGAAGGACAGUUGAUUAUCC